AUGAAUCCAAUUCAACCAAUACCAAAAUCAAAAAUAGAAAUUAGAAUUAAAUGUAAAGAUUUAACAUCAAAAGAUUUAUUAAGUCAAAGUGAUCCUCAAGCCAUUGUUUAUCUUAAACAACAACAAAGAAAUGAUUGGAUUCAACAAGGUAAAACUGAAAAAUUAAAAAAUCAAAAAUCACCAGAAUUUAAACAAUCUAUCACUGUAGAUUAUCAUUUUGAAGAGGUUCAAUUAUUAAAAAUCGUUGUAAUUGAUAUUGAUAAAGAUAUUAAAUUAUUAAAAGAUUUUGAUGAUCAUGAUUUAAUUGGUGAAGUUAAUGUAUCAUUAGGAUCAAUUUUGUCAAGUCCUGGCGGUAGAAUGAAAAUGUCAUUAACAAAGAAUGGUAUUUUAUCAGGAUCAAUUACAAUUUCAACAGAAGAAAUUCGUGAAACUGGUGCAAAUAUUUAUUUUGCAUUGGAGGGUAAUCAUUUAGAUAAAAAGGAUUUACUAUCGAGUGAUCCAUAUUUUAAAAUUUAUAAAAGUGGUGGUACAUUAGUUUAUCAGAGUGAUGUAAUAAAGAAUACAUUGAAUCCAACUUUUCCACCUGUAUAUUUAAAAUUGGAAGAGUUGAAUGGUGGUGAUAUGUUUAGAGAAUUAACAUUUGAAUUCAUGGAUUGGGAUAAAAUUGGUGACCAUGAUUUAAUUGGCAGAUUUACGACAAACACUGACACAAUAUUGAGAGGUGGUGCGUUGGAGUUUGAGAUUAUCAAUCCAAAGAAAGUUGGUAAAUCCGGGUACAAGAAUUCUGGUAUUAUUAAAUUCUAUAUUGCCCGUAUUCAAGGUGACCCAACAUUUUUAGAUUACCUUCAUGGUGGUUUAGAAAUUAAUUUAAUGGUAGCAAUCGACUGCACAGCUUCAAAUAUGCCACCAGACGUCUCAACAUCACUUCACUAUAACACACCAACUCAGCCAAGUCAAUAUGCAUCUUCCAUUGCAGCCGUUGGAAAUGUACUUGCACCAUAUGAUUAUGACCAAAUGAUUGAGGUUGUUGGAUUCGGUGGUUUAUACAAUGGUCAUACAUCCCACUGUUUCCCAUUCAAUCUCACUAAUGGUGACGACAACAAAAGUGAAGCACAUGGUUUACAAGAAGUUUUAGAUAUCUAUUAUAACAAUGUUUUAAAAAUUCCAUUUUCAUAUCCAACAAAUUUUGAAAAUGUAAUUCAUCAUGCAAUUAAAAGAGCUUCAAAAUCAACUCAAUCAAAUCAAAAAUAUACUGUACUUUUAAUUAUUACAGAUGGUGAUAUUAGCGAUACUCAAAAAACAAUUGAUGAAUUAGUAAGUGCUUCUAAAUCUGCUUUGUCUGUUGUUAUCAUUGGUGUUGGUAAUUACCAUUUUGAAGCAAUGAAAAUUUUAGAUGGUGAUGAAAAAGGGUUAGUCGAUAGUAAAGGUAACCCUUCAAAAAGAGAUAUCUGUCAAUUUGUACCAUUUAAUGAUUUUAAAAACUAUCCUGAAGCAUUAGCUCAUGAAACUUUAAAAGAAAUUCCUUCACAAGUUCUUAGUUUUAUGAAAUUAUCAAAAAUUCAUCCAAAUCAACCAAGACAAUUUAAUUGUUAA